AACGUGGGAGGAUUUCCGUGUUACAUAGACCAUGCAAUUAAUCGUUAUUUAUCUUUACCAGAUGUUCGUGAAGCUCUUCAUGUGCCAAAUUACGUUCAGUCUUGGUCUCUAUGCAGUUUUGACGUCGGCGAACACUAUAUAUGGGAACAUAGUGACAUGUCUAUGGUUUUCCAAGAAAUUUUUGAACUGACGAGAAAUAGCGGACAUAAAUUCCGUAUUCUCAUUUACAAUGGUGAUACAGAUUUGGCAUGUCCAAUUUUAGAAGCCCAAUGUUAUAGCCCACAAAUCGGUGGUUAUUUAAAAGAGUUUAAGACUUCCAAUGAUUUAUUGACCAUCACCGUUUCCACUGUAAAGGGUGCUGGGCAUAUGGUGCCUACUGACCGCGCUGGACCCAUGGCGCAACUUAUGAGUAACUUCUUAGACGGAUCAUCAGACUGGGACAAGCCAUUUCCUUAUCCUGUGGAUCGUAAGCCACUAAUCACACCUUACACGGAAGUCACGGAAACCACUACCCAGUCAACAGUAACUACUCAGACGAAGACAACAGGAAGUACUACAACAAGUACUACAACUGAACAACCGAAGGGGUGUCGUAGAGUUACAUAUUACUCAAUACUACUUGUUCUCAUACUACUACCCAUGCUUUCUUGA